GCUUCCCGGAAGUAGCAGCUGAGUCUGUUUGCGCUUGACUCAGGAAGUCAAAGUAACCCAGGCGAAUGUGGAGGCGCGUGCGUGCGCGAGUUUAUUAAUUAAUGUCAGCCAAAGUCUCUUUUUCGCUUUUUUUAAUACCGCAACACAAACACGCUGGAAGUCGUUAACUAAAGAACGAAAAUGCAGCCCGAAGCGGACCUUCAGCUCCAAGAGGAUUCGAGGGAGCCUCCUGUGAGGAUGACAAAACAACAGACCCUCACCUUGAUAUCCAUGGCGUCCGUCAACUUCAGCUCCAUGAUCUGCUACUCCAUACUGGGACCUUUCUUCCCCGUAGAGGCAGAAAAGAAAGGCGCGUCCCAGACGGUGGUGGGCGUCAUAUUCGGCUGCUACGCUGUCAGCAAUUUGAUUGGCUCGUUGAUCCUAGGCCGAUAUAUCGUGCAAAUUGGCGCAAAGACGAUGCUCAUCGCGGGACUCUUUGUGUCGUCGGGCUGCACCAUUCUCUUUGGGCUGCUGGACAGAGUUCCUGGCGGUCCUGUUUUCAUCGCCUCGUGCAUCAUCGUGAGGUCGGUGGACGCGGUUGGCUUUGCCGGCGCCAUGACUUCUUCUUUUGCCCUCUCGGCUAAAGUAUUUCCAAACAACGUGGCGACUGUUUUGGGAAGUUUGGAAGUGUUUACGGGUCUGGGCCUCAUCCUGGGACCGCCGGUCGGAGGCUGGUUCUACCAGUCCUUCGGAUACGAGGUUCCCUUCAUGGUGCUCGGCUGCUUCCUGUUGAUUAUGGUGCCGCUCAACAUCUACAUUUUGCCCUCCAUCGACGCCGUUUCCUCCAAGAGCUCCUUCUUCGGCCUUCUGAAAAACCUGCAAGUCAUCCUGCUCUGCUACGUCAUCUUCACCCUGAGCUCGGGUCUGGGCUUCCUGGACGCCACGUUGUCCCUGUACGCCGUAGAACAGUUCCAACUGUCCACCGGCUACGUGGGCCUGAUCAUGCUGGGUCUUUCCUUCCCGUACUCACUCGGCUCCCCGCUGAUAGGCUUUUUCACGGAUAAAUACCCCGCAACCAGGAUCUGGUUCAUGGGGAUCGGAGGCGUCGCCACGGCUGUCGGCUUCCUGUUGCUGGGGCCCGCCCCUUUCCUUAACAUACCAAAGGAACUGUGGCUGCUGGUCAUCAUGCUGGGGCUAAUCGGCUUUUCCCUGGCCAUGACCGCCAUACCCAUAUUCCCAGAGGUCAUAAAGUGCGCCUACGACAGCGGUUUCGAGGAGGGACUGAGCACUCUGGGAAUGGUGUCGGGGUUGUUCGGAGCCGUGUGGUCCACCGGGAUGUUUUACGGGCCCACCGUGGGCGGCGCCAUUACGCAGCGUCUGAGCUUCGAGUGGGCAGCUGCCAUCCAAGGAGGCCUGGCCUUCCUGGGUGCUUUCUUCCUGGUGCUCUAUUACGUCUCGCAUCCAGCAACGCGGCAAAGGCUUCCAGACAAGAGGAGACAUACUGGCGAAAGACUUCCACUCCUGGAUGAAUAAAACCCUUGUUGAAUAGUUGCGUAACAAUAUUUCCAUCGGAAGAAGCACUCUGACUUCUAUAAAGACGCUACGAAGCCAGCAGCGGCUCGUUGAAAAGGAUUUUGCAAGUGGCUGAACAUAAACGGAACGUAGCAACAAGAAGACUGUGACGUCAGCUCACCCUCUCCACGCCCGCCGCCGCCGCCUCCUCGCUGGAGUCUCCUGCACGCGCAAAAACAGCUCAGUAUACACCACCGCCAAAACUACUGGAUACGUUUAUUGCAGGGCAUACGUUCCAGAUCCACCCGCAAUAGGAUAAAAUCCACCAAAAAAUAAAUAAAAAUACUUUUAUCUCUUCAAACAACGAAAUUGCAAGCAUAAAAUGUAUAGAAAAUUUUGUACGUAUUGUCUAUGUUAGCUACACUGUGCAUGUGCCUUUAAGAGGCGAGGCCCGGUGGCGUGUGACGCCAGCGAGUGUGUGAGUGACUGGGUGUGAGCUGUGGGUGACGGCAGCUCUUGUGUGAGUGCGCUCAUUGUGCUAAUGAUUUGUAUUGUUCUCCCGACGUUCAAUAAACAGCUGAAAAGUG